AUUGCAAUUCACCCAAAUAAUUUCCCUGUAGAUCUUCUUCUCCAUGUGAUGAUUUGCUCUCUUAGUGUUUGAAGGCAAUGAUGCAGAGCGAAAAUUCUGUUGAAGAUUCGCUUCAUAUCCGCAAGCUGGAGGUUACUGACAAAGAAAAAGGCUUUAUUGAAUUGCUGAGACAAUUGACUGUCUGUGAUUCUGUUUCGGACGAGAAGUUUAAGGAGAGAUUUGAAGAAAUUGCGAAAUAUGGCGAUGAUCAUUGUAUUUGUGUGAUCGAAGAUGUUCGAUCAGGGAAGAUUGUUGCGACUGGAAGUGUGUUUAUUGAGAAGAAGUUUGUGAGGAAUUGUGGCAAAGCUGGACAUAUUGAGGAUGUUGUGGUCGAUUCGAGUGCUCGUGGGAUGCAAUUAGGUAAGAGAAUUGUUGAGUAUCUUGCUGAUCAUGCUCAUUCAAUGGGGUGUUAUAAGGUAAUCCUUGAUUGCACUGAAGAGAAUAGACCUUUUUAUGAGAAAUGUGGUUUUAAGAAAAAAGAGAUUCAGAUGGUUAAGUAUUUUGUUUGAUGAAUA